UGUGAACCCUUGAAAAAGGUGUACGUCGAAAUCCUGUAUUUAAAUAAAUUAUUUUAUGUGUCAUUUCAAGACAGGUUCAAUUGAAAAAUAUAUUUGUGGAAAAGGUGGCGUUUUGAUCGAGAUAGUAUCAUGGACGAACUAUCUCCUGAAAUUUUAGCUAAUAUAUUUUCAUUUUUGCCUGCGAAAGAUGUGGCUUCAGUGUCUUUAGUUUCCCGAAAAUUAUAUGAUUCCACCAAAAUAGAAGCUAUAUGGCGAUCACGAUGUCUUAGAGAAUAUGGUGUUCUUCCAAUCCACAAAGAUGGUAUGUCACAUCGGGAAUUGUAUAUAAAAGUGCUGUAUCCAUAUGGAAAUAUUCUUGGCUUAUGGCAACCUCAGGUGGCAUCUUAUGGAGGAUUACUUCAAGUGAAGUUUGAGAAGAUCAAAAGAACUUUAGAAGCUACAGAGCUUCUUCCUCCUCGAGAUCCAGAUAUUCUCAGUGUAUUACGAAGAAAACCACUAUUUAGAAUCCAGUUGAGUGAUGAUGGACAAGCAGAAGUCCUCUGUAUUGGUGGGAAUCGAGAGCCACAUAAAGCUGAAAUAGCAAAGGUACGACAGAAUGAGUUUACAUUUCGUUGUUGUAACCCAGAUCUUCACAAGCACCCUUCUGGAAGACACGAGGAUUUACUGUUGGCUUGGUUACGAGAAGAAUCUUCAGCUCCUCUUGGCAGUUUUCACCUGUUUCCACACACCCAAGAACUGUUGAUGAUGAAAUUCCUCAUUUUAAGACAGUUUAAUUUUAACUACCAGUACUGUCGUAUCCAUGCUCCGAAAGUGUCGACACAAGUUCCUAUUAAGCCAGGAAUCUUUAAAGGUACAUAUGGGGCUCAUGGAGUAGAACUGAUCAUGCUUUCUUAUGAAGAACAUUUAGGAAAGGCUAAAGCAGUUAAGAUAACUGGUGAUCCUAAUGUUCCUGCUGGUAAGGUUAGCUUUCAAGUUGAUUUAAACUACUGGAUGAUACUGACAGUAAGUCAACAGUACACUGUCGGGGAUUUAGAAGCAAUAAUUCCUUGUUCAAUACGUAGUGAGGAAGUUACCAAAAGACCGUUAAGUCAACCCUUCCGUGUUCCCCGCAACUGCCACCAACGUUAUCACGAGGUGCCAGAUAUGUGCACAGCUAGGUAUCACGGACUUGGCCAGGUAGCAGCUCAUGGGUUUGCUAACCCAUCCUUUAUUCCGGGUCAUUGGAUCAUAUUUAAUGAGGAUUUGUUUGGUUUUCUUUGGCUAGAGCUAAUGACACUGGGUGUAUAUCACAGAGUACAGGAAGACCUUAGCUAAUUGAAAAUCAGUACUUUUACUGUAGAAUGUAAAAUACUGUUUGAAAAUUGUACUAAAAUUCAGUGUUUCUUGUAUAUUUCAUAGUAAUCGUGCAGUUUAAAAAAAAAGGUGGUAUAAAGUAUUUGUUGUGUUUCAGAUUAACGAAGCUUGCUGUCGAUCAUGUCUAAGCACAAUUAUGUAGAAGAUAAGUAGUUAAGACUGUGAUAUAUAGAUUUUGUUUAAUUCUUGUGGGAUGACGUUUGAAAUUUUUUUAAAACCCCAUUUUUUCCUCCAAGUGCUAUUAAACUUGACUUUGAUGCACUGGGCGAACAAGUGGUCCACAUGUUGGCUGCUUGUUCUGUAUUCAUUCACCGUUUCUGGUAUUGGUUCACAUACUUAAUAAUAUCAUUAAAAGCCAAUAGACCACUAAGUAUCUAAAAAUGUAUUUUUUUAACCUUGUGUUUUUUUUAGACACAUUUUCCAAAUUAUGGACCAGAUUGCUUGUGAGUACAGGGUCCCUAACAACAUACAUGUUGUAAAAAAAACUUAAAAAAAAUGCCAUCGUUAUUGCAGGUAAUCCCACUUAUCACUUUUAGGGUUCUUUUUUGUAUCUUACAUACCAAAAUGAAUGAUUUCAAUAAAUCUUUUGGUCGACUAUGCAUUAAAUGUCGUAACAAGUUAAACCUAAAAGUAUUUAAUACUAUGCAGUAUGUGAUCCCACUGGUAGUGAACGAUAUAAAAACAAUUCAGUAAUUUGAGGGGUAACGUUGUGCCAAAUAAACGAUUUCUUUUGGUAGGGGGGAGGGAGGACAUUUUCUGCAGAAUGACUUGGUUUAGCAGUACUUAUGUUUAAACUGGUGGUAUUGUGAGUUAAGCAGGUGGGAAUCACUUAAUAAUCAUGCAAAAACUGUGCCUUUUUUUUCUUCCUUGUACAAAAUGUAUUCGUUUUUGUUUUUAAUGUUUAAAAACACGUGCAUUGUUUUGUUAUGGAAGUUAAAACUAUGAAGAACGGGGCUGCUUCUUUAGUAAGAAAAACGUUUUUUUUUUGUUGGAGGCAUAAUAUUAUUUAUUAUUUAGAUUCUGUGGGAGUCAUAAUGAAUGAUCUUACUUCACGAUUUUAUACUACGAGAUCUUACGAUAGGCCGUGAAACACCGAAAUAUAACGUUAAAGAAAAGCUGAUCAGUUAAGCCUUGAAGUAAAAGUAAACUUAUAUUCUGCAGGGUUGCUUUUUUACUUGUGUAUUUUAUUAUCAGUUUAAAUCUUAUUCGAAAUACAGCUCACCGAUUUCACUCUGUAUAGUUGGGGACAAAAUAUCUUGUACAUUUAAAUAGGAGGUUAAACUGUUUACAGGAUGCAGAGCUGUAGCCAGUCAUUAUUUCGCUCUGGGGAAGUUUCGGGAAUUGCGCCCCUUCUUUUCCUUCGUGGCCUCUGCACGUCAGUCGAUCUGCGGAGGUUUCGUAUAGUGUAUUGGUCUUUAGGCCUACUUACCCUUUCCAAAGCACACAUCAUUUCACGAGUGUUUUCAUAACAUAGGAUAGUUAAUAAAUAUAAUUUAAAGAUAAUUACUAGAACAUACAUGAAUUACCGAAUAAAUCUCAGUUUUUACUUUACUUUAUAGCAAUGAAAGAUACAGUAAAAACCCAAUUACCCUCUCGAACGUAUUUCCUGUAAUGUUUGGUAGCCAGCAGAAUUAGAUUUCUCGAGCCUUAUUUAUCCUUUUCUAAACAACAUAUAGAUAUUACGAAAGAAACAUGUAGCUAAAUGAGGUGGUAAAUACCACAACAAUAUAAAAUAUAAAAAUAAUUAUGAUAUGAGACGGCGUAGUUGAACAAUAAGGAGUGCAGGCGGGAACUUAAUACCAUACCGUACUAAAUAGAGCAAGAUAUCUUGCUUAAUUCGGAUAAUAAGUUCAAAUGAUAAGUCUUCUAUUUUACCUCCAGUCUGUAUAGUUUUGCAUAAGUUAUAGAAUAACAAGCUUAGCACUCGGACUGCGCCCCCUUCUGGCUGCGUCCUGGGCAACUGCCCCUCCCGCCAUACCCUAGCAGCAACUCUGGCAGGAUGGGAAUGAAACAGUAAGUGGAAUAUAAUUUUUUAAUCGGAAAUAUGUGAAUAUCUGUUAGUUGUAAGUGUUUUUUGGCAUCCUGUAAAGAUUAUGUGAAACAUUAAUAAAUAAUUAUUGUUCACGUUUGUA